CUGGUUGGCCGCCAUUCGGGCCGGCCUGCUGCGGCGGCGCGGCCGGUCGAGGCCGGGCUCGGCCCGGCCCGCGACGGCUGGCCGCCGACGAGCGCGCUCGCGCUGCUCGUCAAAAUGGCGGCGGUGGCGAUUGCGGCGACAAAAGUUCAGUCGUACAGCGCUCAGGCGUCUGUCAUCUGUCGUCUGUUGUCGCAUUUCGCACACGCGCGCGCCGCGCGACCCGCGUCGCUCCGCGAGGGCAUGAGCCUUCCGCGAUUCGAUCCCGCAGCCAAAAGCUGCUCGCUCGAACCGCGGCCGACUCUACCAUCGCGGCCGCAGCUGUUGAGCUCUCCAGAAAACUGGUGCCUCAUAUGCUGCCUCCCUGCGGAUGCUGCCGGCGAGCCUGGCGGUCCGCUGUACUACAAGGAACCCACGACUCGGAACGCGAAUGUGACAGGACCAUCGGGUCCUUCAGCCACCAAAGCGGGAUCACCCGAGAGCAGCUGAGCCUGCCUCUGGCCUCGCCUCCCUCUCCUUCAGGCAUUCGUGGCAUCCUAUGGGUCGUCCAGAGUAUCGACCUCUGGCGAGUCAGAGAGAGAGAGAGAGAG